AUGUCCGAUUCUGAUGAAUUUCUCCGCUUAUACGCGCAUGAACGCUCGUCUGGCGCGAUGAAAAUCAUCAACUUGACCCAAAACGAAUGGCGGCGUCGCGGCGAUGAGUCCGAUCCGUAUCUUGUGUUCAAAUUCAGCGACCCGGUAACAGAUUAUCGUGGCAUAGUGGUCGGAUGUGCCAAGGACGUCGACGUGCACCUCCCAAAGCGAAAGGGCUUUAGCCGAAACCACUUCGCCUUCGCCUUCGACGACCAACAUCGACCAAUAGUACAUGACUUGGGUUCUAAAGUGGGACUAAGGGUCAUGUACAAUGCAGAGCCAGGAUCUCGUCGAUCGGGUUUCAAGUUUCUACUUCGAGGCCCUGCAGUCUGUAAACAGUCUUAUUCAAUUCUAGAUAUCGGUGAACUUAGGAAGUUUAGGGCUGUUGUGUCGCCUUACGAUAACACCUCGCCAGACUAUAUCGCCGGAGUGUCUGCAUUCCGCCAAUGCAUGAAACAACUCUCUGAUGCUCGUGAUCUGAGUCAUCUCGAACUUACUAAGAAAGGAAAAAAAACGCCGCGACCAUCCAGAUGGCAAACAGCCCGGCCAGACAAUGGCCCAGUUCUUGUCAAAGACGAAAUCGGCAGAGGAGCUUUUGGAAUCGUAUAUUGUGUUUGGGAUGCGACGACGGGAAAAAUAUCCCAUGCCUUGAAAGUACCCUUGAAACCCUUCGACCCUUACCGUGCAUCUUUAUGGAAGCGCGAACUCAAAAUCAUGGGAUGUGUUAAACAUGAACACAUUGUUGAGAGUGAAGUUUCCGACCCGGACCCAUCGUCGGGCCAACUGUUCACGUUGAAGAUGGAGUAUCUUCCACUCGGCUCUCUUCACGCACUGCCAACACCCCUCACACCUUCCGAGAGAAUGGAAGUUCUCUGUCAGCUCCUCUCCGCGUUGGAGUACUUACAUGGAAAAGAACCCCCAAUCGCCCAUCGGGAUAUCAAGCCAGACAACAUCCUAGUUGCUUCCCGAGGCCCCAGCGGUAUCCAUGUCAAGUUUGGGGACUUUGGACUUGCCAAAGCCGAAGAGAAUUUGCAGACAUUUUGCGGCACACCGGAAUAUCUUGCCCCAGAGAUUCCGGUUGGUCGAGACACCACUGCCAAUGACACAUACACUGUGGCUGUAGACAUCUGGUCUCUGGGCCUGGUCAUCGCGAAAUAUGAAUGUGCUGCCCCAACCUUCCCGAAGAAGUACACCAAAGACCCCAAAAGGUGGGCAAAGGUAGUCAUUGCGUACUUCAGAAGGGAACAGGAGAAGAACGGAAGCAAAUUGCUCCGUUUUCUCUUGGACACAAUGCUUGUCGAGAAUCCGGAUGACCGUAAAGAUGCCGUAACGUGCUUGGAAGGAGCUCUAGCUCUCAAAAAAGAAAUCAGCAGAAUAGGCACUCCCACGCCUUCAGUCCCAAGCGCAGUUACGCCUUCAGGCCCAAGCACCGUCAUCACCCCUUCGAUUUAUGGAACCCCAACGCCUUCAUUCCAAGGCACUGAACUAUCCAUGGUUCCUACAGGAGCAAGCGCUGCGACUGUCAGGUCAUCCGAAGUACCGACAGAAUCCAGGAGUCACAAGAGGAGUCGACUAGGAGAACCCCUCUCACGACCGGCCCUUCAACAGUCUGAUAUGGCUGCGACUGCAGAGGCUGAAGAUCAUCAACUCAGCGAAGACGACCAUUCAGAUAAUCCGAAGGCGAGCAAGCGGAGGAAGGUUGGAGAAGGGUCAAAGGGAUCAAGGGUUUAAUGCCCACCACUGCCCAUUCAAGGGUCACGUUGGCGAGGACUUCAGGGUGGCGAUUGGAUAGGUAGUUGCAAGUGCUCUUGAAUGGAUAUCGUGGUCAGCUCAACUCAGUUCAUCCUGUGUGCGUGCGUUCAUGAAGCUACUGUGUAUGUAGCAG